AUGCCACCAAAAAAGAAAGGAAGGCCAAGGAAGGAACAAUUUGAACCCAGUCAAGCAUCAUGUGAUAGGUCUGAGAGGCAGGAAGCAGUUCCUAUGCUACCAAAGAAGAAAGGAAGGCCAAGGAAAAAGGUCCACUCUGACCCAAAUCAAGCAUCAGGUUCUAAAUUUUUUAGAAGCAAAAAGAAGUUGGGGAUAAAAAGAGGUGGUGACAUUGUUGAAGAUAGAGUUCUACUUGAUGAGCAUGAUGGUUUAGAUGGUCAUGUUGAAGGUAAGGGAUGUGAGGAACAAAUGAAAGAUUUGUUUGACAAAGAAGAUAUUGAUGAUAACAAUUUGGUUGAUAUGAUGUGCACUUUUGAAGCUUUUCUUAGCCAACCAAAGUAUAAUUAUCAGAAAGGUGAUGGAUUCCAAGAUGCAAUGGAUGCUAUUAUUCAAAGUAUUCAUCAUGCUAAUGACGACAAAGGCGUUGAGGAUGUUGAACCCGACCUGAAAAAAACACUUGAUGGGGUUAAAGAUGCAAUGGAUGCUAUUAUUCAAAGUAUUUAUCAUGCUAAAGAUGCUAUUAUAUCAUUAGCCCUUCCUUUUAUGCAAUGUACUUUCAUUGUACUUCCAUUCACGCAACAUAUACAUGAGAUAGCAAUUAACUACCAUUAA